AUGGCUGUGGCUGGUGUCGGCGCCGACAGCCAGCCACACGACAGUCUCCUGGCAGCAAAUGCCGCAGGUGCUGGUGCUGCUGCUGCUGCUGCUGCUGCUGGUGCUGCUGCUGGUGGUGCUGCUGCUGGUGGUGCUGUUGGUGCUGCUGCUGCUGGUGCUAGUGCUGUUGGUGGUGCUGCUGCUGGUGCUAGUGCUGUUGGUGCUGCUGCUGCUGGUGCUAGUGCUGUUGGUGCUGCUGCUGCUGGUGCUAGUGCUGUUGGGGCUGCUGCUGCUGGUGCUAGUGCUGUUGGUGCUGCUGCUGCUGGUGCUAGUGCUGUUGGUGCUGCUGCUGCUGCUGGUGCUAGUGCUGUUGCUGCUGUUGCUGCUGGCAGUGGUAAAACGGCAGGGCUUGAAGGACUGGGAGGAGGAGCGAUGUCUUUUGGUGGUGGGAAUGGUGGUGGUGGGGAUGGUGGUGGUGGGGAUGGUGAUGGUGGUGAUGGUGGUGGUGGGGAUGGUGGUGGUGGGGAUGGUGGUGGUGGUGAUGGUGGUGGUGGGGAUGGUGGUGGUGGUGAUGGUGGUGCUGCUGAUGCUGGUGUUGCUGCUGGUGGUGCUGCUGUUGGUGGCGUUGCUGCUGGCAGUGGUAAAACGGCAGGGCUUGAAGCACUGGGAGGAGGAGCGAUGUCUUUUGGUGGUGGGAAUGGUGGUGGUGGGGAUGGUGGUGGUGGGGAUGGUGGUGGUGGGAAUGCUGUGCAAGAGGGAAACAUGAAGCAGAGGGAACACAAACAAAAAGGAAAGCCAGGGAGUAGAUCAGCAAGCCAGAGCAUCAACACGAUCACAUGCGCAGUGCUUUCCAAAUGCUGUGACUUAUGA